GCCAUUACCCGCCAUCAAUGUCAGCUUUUUUCAACUACCUACCCUCUAAAUCCGUUUUCAACCGACGAUCCAGAUCACUACCUUACACCACUUCUCUCUCUCUCUCUCCAAAAAUUAUAUCUGCCAUGGAAGGCCUAAUCAAAGGUUUGGUCAAUGUGGCUGUCAAUGCAGCUUUUGGUCGCGAAGAAGGCGGAGAAAACGAAACAAACACAGAGUCUCGUGACGAACGGUCCAGAUCCACUUGGGCCCAGGUGGUGUCUGGGGAGCAGGAUAAUGAUGAGUCCUCGAGCAGUGACCGUAGACGCCAUGGGUAUGAUCGAAGUCAGUGGAACAGAGAGGAAGAGAGAGAUGGGAGGAAUGAGGAGGGGGGAUCUGGUGGAUGGCAGCCUUCGAAUCGACCCCAGAAGGCUGAGCAUCAUGGGUAUCAAAGUUAUGAAGAUAGCAGGCAAGAUGAUUAUAACGAAAGUCAUCGAAACCAAAAGGGGAAAGAGGAGAGUAAUGAUGGUUGGGAGACUGUCACUAAAAAGCCUCCAAAGCGACACCAACAGGUGCAUAUGGAUCAUUGGCAAAAUUAUAAACACCCCCCUAGUGAGCAGGAAUAUUCUCCUGAGGUUGAGCAUGGCGGUAACAUAGAACCUUUAGAAGAAGAACUCGCCGACAUGUCAAAAGCUUGCAACAAGCUUUGGGAGCUUGAUCUAAACCGUCUAAUACCUGGCAAGGACUAUCAGAUUGACUGUGGUGGAGGGAAAAAAGUUUACCAGAAGGCAGAUAUGGCGGAAGGAAGCCUAUUUUCCUGGGUGAAUGAAGGCAUAUUCAGGAAACCUACUAUUUCUCGUUUCUGUUCUCUUCUAGAUAAUUACAAUCCACAUGAGGGGUAUAAAGAAGAAGUCACAUCUCAAGAGAGGCAAGAGCAAGCAGCAUUCAUAGAAGAGAUCAGUAGAAGUGCACCAAUCAAAUAUCUUCACAAGUAUCUAUCAUCCAAGGGCAUUAUUUCGGAGAAUUACCAAGAAUUCAAAAGAAUGCUGACAAGUCUCUGGUUUGAUCUUUAUGGGCGAGGUGGUACAUCUGGUUCUUCUUCUGCUUUUGAGCAUGUUUUUGUUGGAGAAAUUAAGCAGCGUGAGGAGCAAGAAAUUUCAGGCUUCCACAACUGGCUUCAGUUCUACUUAGAAGAAGCAAAGGGGAGGCUUGACUAUCAAGGCUAUAUUUUCCCUCGAAGACGUGGAGACAAUCCUGAGUCAGAGACCCAGUUGCUCACAAUCCAGUUUGAAUGGAAUGGCGUUCUCAAAUCUGUCUCAAGCACUUUGCUUGGAGUUAGCCCAGAGUUUGAAAUUGCUCUGUAUACCCUCUGUUUCUAUGUGGGUGCAGAGGACAACCAUGUUGAGUUGGGUCCAUACCCUGUUAAUAUCAAGUGCUAUCGUUUCGGAAACAAAAUCGGCUCUGUGUUUCCAGUUGCAGAAUGCUGAAUCUCAAGAAAACGAAUGCUAAGUUCCUUGUAACUAGGAUUUAUGUAGAAGAAAAAUAUAUCCUAUGCUGUAUAACCUCUAAUAACCUGGGAUUUAUUAAGCUGUGUGAAAAUUCCAAAUCGUUGCUGUUUAAAAUGCGUAGAAACUUUUUCUGACACAUGAUAUGAUCUAUUUUGCGAGUCCUGAAAAAGUCUCUAUUCAUGUCUGGUGCACAUGUAUUUGGUAUACAAGAUUUGGGUUUUAAUUUGGGCAAAAUAACACUUCUCAAAGCAUCUAAGAAUAUUGGCAGCAAACGUCCAGUAUCUUUGCUGACAUGGUAUUUUUGCCGUCUUUUGCAUACUCAUCUGAUUGCCGGUCUUAACACAGCAGCAAGGGUUCAUUUUGGCUUAGGCAUCACGGUUUUAACUAACAAAAAUAGCAUAUUUGCACGUCAAAGUAAAGUUUUGUACAUCAACGACGCAGUGGCCAGAGUUUGAUGCUCUGCACUCGUUUUUUUUUUCCAAUCUUCCAUCUCCUAUUCCCUCCUCGAAGGAGGUCUUUCAAUGUCUUCGUAUAUCGUGAAUUUUGCAAGCAACACAAGAAAGGCAACACAUGAAAGGUUUACAACACAAACGGA